UUUCAAUAUGUUCUCAUAGUAGAAACAUCGAUUCCCCGACACAACCCAAGUUCCAUCUUGAGAACCAGAACCUUCUUGUAAUCGAUAUAUAAAAUCUCAAUCUCAAAAAAAAUCUUAAUCUCGAUCCUCUCUAUCAUCUAUCAUCCAUCAGCCAUGGCAUCGCAAGCUAGCCUUCUCCUUCAGAAACAACUCAAAGAUCUCUGUAAGCAUCCUGUUGAUGGAUUCUCUGCUGGACUCGUCGACGAGAAGAAUAUAUUCGAGUGGAGCGUUACCAUUAUCGGACCUCCAGAUACUCUCUAUGAAGGAGGAUUCUUUAACGCUAUCAUGACCUUCCCGCAGAACUAUCCUAAUAGCCCACCAAGCGUGAGGUUUACUUCGGAUAUGUGGCAUCCUAAUGUUUAUUCUGAUGGUCGUGUUUGCAUAUCUAUUCUUCACCCUCCCGGUGAUGAUCCAAGCGGUUAUGAGCUUGCUAGCGAGCGCUGGACCCCUGUUCAUACUGUUGAAAGUAUUAUGUUGAGUAUUAUAUCUAUGCUCUCUGGUCCCAACGAUGAAUCCCCAGCAAACGUUGAAGCUGCUAAAGAGUGGCGAGAGAAGAGAGACGAGUUCAAGAAGAAAGUGAGCCGCUGUGUCAGAAAGUCUCAAGAAAUGUUCUGAUCAAAUUUUAAAUUCACAGCUCUAAAGAGAGUUUUCCAUCGAACUGUCAAGACACAACCCGGUUUACAUCUUCUUUUCGCUGCGUUCGAGAAUCAGAGUGUUCUGAAAAGUGUUGUUCUUGAGAAACUGGCUAUAUCAUAAUGAUAAAAAAAAAUUAAUCGUUUAAGAAUGCUUUCUUUGCUCAGAACCUUUGAUGUGAGGAAUGAUUUGUACUGUUUUGCACUUCACAGUUUGUUUUUGCUGAAGUACGUUCCGUUUUGUCUA